UUUUGAAUUUUGCGCAAUGCAAUGCUUUUGAAUUUGGCGCUCUUAGAAAUUUGUAUAUCCGUUUAAAAACAUAAUCAUUGGAAUUAUGAUCACGAUUAAGAAGUGUAUAAUGCUAAAAAAUACGAUAAGUAUUAUUUAAUUCUUUAAAGUCCAUAAUUGAAUAUUUAUGUGAAAAAACCUUAAUAUUUGCCACAUUUUCAUUUCCUUUUUUGUCUCUAUUUCGAUCGUGCUCUCUCUCUUUCUUUCCCGUUCCAAACAGCAGCAACAUGGCCUCUGGAACAUUGUAUACUUAUCCGGGAAACUUCCGUGCCUACAAGGCACUGAUAGCUGCUCAGUAUGCUGGUGCCAGCGUGAAAGUAUCGCCGGAUUUUGUAUUCGGUGAAACAAAUAAAUCUGAUGAUUUUUUGAAGAAAUUUCCACUUGGCAAGGUCCCAGCUUUUGAAUCUUCCAAGGGCCAGUGCAUUACUGAAAGUAAUGCAAUCGCCUUCUAUGUUGCCAACGCACAACUGCGCGGUCAGACCGAUGAACAGAAGGCUCAAGUUCUUCAAUGGCUGAGUUUUGCUGACAACGAGAUUUUGCCAGCCGCUUGCACAUGGGUCUUUCCCUGUCUCGGCAUUAUGAAGCAGGACAAGCAGGCGCUGAAACGUGCCAAGGAUGACGUAAAAGCAGCUCUGGAAGUGCUGAACAAAUACCUGUUGAACAACACCUACCUGGUGGGAGAGAGAGUGACCCUGGCUGAUAUUGGCGUUGCCUGCACUCUGCUCCAUCUCUACCAAUAUGUGCUCGAUCCCGCUUUCAGAAAAGACUUUGGGAACGUGAACAGGUGGUUCACGACGAUCAUCAACCAGCCGCAGGCGAAGGCUGUGAUUGGCGACUUCAAGAUGUGCGACAAGGAGGCGGAGCCUAAGGAGCCAGCCAAGCAACAACAACAGCAGCAACAGAAGAAGGAGGGUGGAAAGAAGGAACAGGGAGGAAAGAAGCAGAAGCAGGCUGCCAAGGAGCCCGAACCCCCCGCCAAGGAGGAGGAAGAGGAGGAGGCGCCCAUUGUCGAGACUGGAUUCGUCAUGGACUCUUUCAAGAAGGUGUACUCGAACGAGGAAGAGACCGUUUCGAUUCCGUGGUUCUGGGAGCGGUUCGAGCCUGAGAACUACUCGAUUUGGUUCGGAGAGUACAAGUACAACGAAGAGCUCACAAAGGUCUUCAUGAGCUGUAAUCUCAUCACAGGUAUGUUCCAGCGGUUGGAUAGAAUGAGGAAGUUCUCGUUUGCCUCAGUCUGCCUGUUUGGAACUGACAACGACAGCACCAUUUCAGGCGUGUGGGUGUGGCAGGGACAGGAUCUUGCUUUUGAGCGAAGUGAAGACACAAAGAUCGACUACGAGUCUUACGCGUGGACGAAGCUGGACCCCUCCAAAGAGGAAACCAAGAAGCUGGUGAACAGCUACUUCGCCUGGACCGCCACCGACAAGAAGGGCAGGAAGUUCAACCAGGGCAAGAUCUUCAAGUGAGCAGUUUGUCUCCGCUGGGAACGGGUUGAGAAAGGCACCAUCUUGAGAGGCAGUGAACAACAAUACUACUAUUGUUUCAAAAACAACAUUGCAGUUUUGUCAUCUUAUUAUACUAAUAAUAACAUCUUAAGAUCUGAACCCGAUCAGGUUCAAUUGUGUUGACUGAACUGAACCUCUUUGUUUACUUCGUACAUUAUUAUUAAAUUAUUUCGAGUAAA